AUGCUUUGCAUAUCAUGCAUCGCCGCCUUCAACUUUGGCGUCAUCCAAAUCGUCACAAUCGGCCUCAUUGUCUGGGCCAUAAGACCGACAUAUCCAAAGAGCUUCCUCGUGAGGCAGUUUGAGAUGGCCUCUGGAGUAUUGGUAACUGAAGGACCUCUUGUUCUCGCUAACAUGUCCCUGUUUACUAUUGCUGUGGCUGGCUUCUUUGGGGUCUUCCAAUUCAGGUUGGUAUUCACGCUGACUGACUUGAACGCCUCUAUUAACGACUUUAAUAGUUUAGGCCGAUUCUUCUUGGGACUUGCAGCGGUCAAGCUUUUCGUAUAUCCGUUACUCCACCUGAAUGGAUACGCAUCUAAAGCUGAGGCCGAAGCUCAAGUGAAGAAGAUGUAUGCUUCAAUGUCGACAUACAGGGCUACGAGUGACGGUGCGGAUGAUCUUCCCGUUAUAGCGCCAGCAGCACCAGUGUUUGUGACGUCAGCCACCAUUCCCGUCUGGGUGCCAUGGAAUGUCAAGGUUAAUCAAGACAGUAAGAUUGGUACUUAUCCUUUCAUGAUCAUUGUUGACCACCUAACCGUAAACAUAGUCACUUAUGCAACGGAUGAAGAGAUGCGAAGUGCUGGCAGGAUCGGUGCGAGUUACUUAAAACUCGACGUGAUUACACCCAACAAGGGCUCCAUAACACACUUAAAACCUGUGUUUGUCUAUAUACACGGCGGCGCAUGGUCGGUUGGAAGCAAAAACCCAACCAUACCCGGUGUUUACCAUAUGGCGACGAAGGGUUGGGUCGUAGUGAAUAUCAAUUACCGAAUGUACCCUCUGGUAAAUUAUCCAACCCAUUUGAUUGAUUGUAAGCGAGCUAUGAGAUGGGUAAAGCAGAAUAUUUCAAGCUAUGGCGGAGAUCCAGAGUUUGUUACAGUUGGAGGUGGCAGCGCCGGGGCUCAUCUCGCAGCAGUACUCGCCUUGAGCAGUGACAGACCUGCGUAUCAACCAGGUUUUGAGGAUGUGGACUUGUCCGUCAAGGCCUGUGUUGCCUACUACAUGCCGUGUGAUGUCACGUCUCGGAUCGACAGCAGCGGAGUCGAGAGUACAGAACGCGGAUUCCCAGAAUGGUUUGCCAAAGUAUUAUGUGGAUUUCGGUCAUAUGAGGAGAAUUAUGAGUAUUUAAAGUACGAUCAUUCGCCGAUACAUAUGCUUGAACGGCAAGCCACGUCGCCAAAGGGGAUUCCGCCGUUUUUCCUAGUACAUGGGACACUGGACAAUUUGGUUGCUGUAGAAUUGUCACAAAAAUUCAAGAAAAGAUGCCAAGAACUAGGUGGAAGAUGCUAUUUUCUGGAGCUGAAGGGCGCUCACCAUGCUUUUGAUGUGCUACAGUCACCAAGAAGCAGGUACUCGUUUUGGGCAAUGGAACAAUUCUUGGAAAGUGUGUAUGAUAGGAGACGGCGACGUCUUCAUGUUUUGUAA